AGCUCUAUUAUAGUCCUCGUAACAAUAACAAAACAAAUUGAUAUUGGAAUCAGAUCAAUAGAAUGAGCUUGGACGACGUUGUCUAUGUCCUCUGCCUGUUAGGGUGCAUUGGAGCCGGAAGCUAUAUAAGAAGAAUUCAAGAUGAACAACAGCGAAAACUUAUCUCAACUGGUCUGGGAAUCAUAGUCAUUGUAGUCGUUUCUGGCUUCCACAGUUUGCACUGUUUCAUUUCACUGGCUUUGGGAUCAGCAUGUGUUCUUUUGGUAGAGCCCAGCAAGUGUCACCUUGUCACGUUUGUUGUCAUGUUUGGAUAUUUGGUUUUCUUCCGACUCUUCGAUUUCUAUCUAAGCAUUCCCGGGCAUACGAAUAUGAUUCAAAUGUUACUUACACUUAAGGUCUCUGGCAUAGCCUUUGAAAAAACGGCUUCUUGGAAGCGACUCAUGGCUAGAGACGAACAGACACAAAACGAAAACCGAGAUGUGAAUAGCGAGACAACUAUUGAAAUUACAGACUAUGAUGUGGAACUACAGCAGCUGAGCGCUGCCGAGAUUCUGCAUUACAGCUUUAAUUAUAUUGGAGUGCUAACGGGUCCAUACUAUCGCUAUAGAACAUAUCGCGAUUAUUUCGAGAUGCCGUUCAAGCAUUAUGCCCCAAGCGUUGAGUCCACUAUUGAAAAGCUUAAAUAUGCUGUGUUCUACUGUAGUAUUUAUCUCACUACCAACUAUAUUUGGCCUCUUGAAUAUGCCCUAAGUGACGAGUUCUACAAUGAGCGAUCCUUUGUCUACCGCUUGUUAUAUGUUUGGCCAGUAUUCUUCGUUUUCCGGGCACGCAUUUAUACAGGUCUCACGCUCAGCGAAUGUGUAUGCACCAUGGCUGGAUUCGGCGCUUACCCUGAAGAAGCAGAUGCUAGCAAUGGCGAAGGACCUCGAAAGCGUUAUCAGCAUCUAAAAAGAAAUGCCGAGAAACUUAGCUACAAUUUCACCACUAUAGUCAACACUCGAGUGCUCGAAGUGGAAAAGUGUUGGACUUUCCGCGAGGGAAUGAAACAUUGGAACGUAUGUGUUCAGUAUUGGCUGGCAGUGAAUGUGUACAAGCUUUUCCCCAGUAAAAAGUACAGAACUGGCGCCACUCUGUUAUGUUCAGCCUAUUGGCAUGGGUUCCGACCGGGACACUAUUUCUGCAUUAUGGGUGCUCCAUUCUAUGUAGCAUUGGAAGAUAUGUGGCAUAAGAUAGUGAGAAAGGAUGCAACUGGCCUAAGCCGCAAUGUGAUUGAUGUAAUUUUCUGGAUAUUUAAGUGGUUUGCGUUUAGUUACUUGGGCACUGCCUUCCUGUUGUCUUCAUUUAGUCGCAUUUGGCAUUUCUACAACUCGGUCUAUCACAUUGGAUACAUAAGCUGGUUGGCAAUGAUUUUGCUUGGAUUGUAUCUGACAAACUUAAAGAAAGCAGCAGAACGUAGACAGAAACGAAAACUAGAAACUGAAGCUAGUGGAGAUAGGGAAUCCACUGCUAUCAAGGAAAAAGCCCAAUAGGCUUUUUCACAAUUGUAAACUCCCAUGAUUUUGUUAUAUAAACGGCUUUAUUUUUAUGACAACUUAUUGGUAGUUAUUUGUUAAAAGGUAUGUCAUAAAUAUAUGUCGUAUAAUUGUA